AUGCAGCUUGGCACUACAGUAACCAAGCCCUCGGAACAAGCUGAGGAUCCAAUCCAAAAAAUGAACAACAUCAGAAAUCAGUUACAAUUUAUGCCGGUAACACUGUUUAACAAUGGCAUCAAACUAGAUUGCUACGCCAUACUCGACAACUGCAGCAGCUGCUCAUAUAUCCUCAACAAAACAGAUGAAACACUUCAGUACAAACCAAGCCAACAACUACAGCUUAGCGUACGAGGUGCUGUCAGUAAGGACAAAGUGUCUUCCUCGCUGAUCCGGCUUAGUAUCGGGCCACACAACGCUACAAAACCUACUUUCACGCUACAAUCAGUCUAUUCAGUUGAAGCUCUGAGUUUUGACGCUAUCGACGCAAACAACCUUAAUAAAACUAGCCCACUCUACAAUCACCUUCGACUUGUCAACUUUCCUGAACUAGGCGACAACACAGUUCAAAUUUUGCUUGGCGUAGAUGCUUUCUGGAAUAUUGCGGAGCGCGAUAUUAGAAAAGGCCCUACAAGCAACCCUUACGCUGUACAAAACCUACUAGGUUGGACGAUCACUGGCCCACUCAACCAGAAAUCUAAUAGUUCCGGAUCAAAUUCACACUCAACUAACUUCAUCGACUUAAAUGAUCAAGAAGACGCUAAUCUCACUGAUUUAGUGGAAAAUUUCUGGAAAGUAGAAGGAUCAGGCAUCAAGGAAGAUAACAAAGCUACAUACUCUGAUAAAAGCAAACGAAAACUAAGAUUUAUGGAAAAAAGUAUUGAGCACGAUGGAGAUCGCUACAAAAUAAAUCUACUCUGGAAAAACAAAAUAAAAUUGCCAAACAAUUAUCCGGUAGCUAAAGCUCAACUGCUAUUGCUACAAAAACGGCUCAGAAAAGACCCUGAAACAAUGCAACUCUAUGAGAAAUCGCUUACUACCGACCUGGAAAAUAACUACGUCAAGCCCGUUACUUUCCAAUACCCACAACCUGAAUUACUUUGGUACCUCCCACAUCAACCUGUCACGAAUCCAAACAAGCCCGGAAAGGUACGCAGAGUAGCCAACGCUGCCUCAACCUACAAGGGCGUCUCGCUGAACUCUUGCCUCGAAACUGGAUCUGACCUCCUGAACAACAUGUUUGGACUUCUACUACGAUUCCGGGAAAAACCUGUGGCUGUAUCGGCGGAUAUUGAAGGUAUGUAUAUGCAAAUAGGUAUUCGAGAUGAAGAUCAAAAAGCGCUUCGCUUCCUUUGGCCUACUAAAAAUGGUAUCAAACAAUACCAAUACACGCGACUUAUCUUUGGUGCAAAAUGCUCACCAUCCAUUGCCAUCUUUGCGCUUCAUCAAACAGCUGCCGAUUACUGCGUAACCAAACCCAUUAUUGCUCAACUGCUUCACAAAAGCUUUUACAUGGACGACUUUGUUCACUCGUUCAACAUGACACACGAGGCUAGAGACUCUACUACGCAACUAAAAUCCUCCAUAAGACAGGGGGGAUUCAACCUAACUAAGUUCGUAUCUAACACUAAUGACGCGAUCUACUCCAUUGAUGGAGGCGAAGUUUCUACUAAUGCUACAGUGCAUCGUAUUCUGGUUGUCAAAUGGGACACAACUGACGAUACGAUAUUCGUGCAACCAACAACCAAGCUAAAUAUUACUACAUCAUCUACACUCCGAACAGUUCUCUCUACAGUAGCAAGGGUUUUCGACCCCUUAGGCAUCCUAGCGCCGUUUGUCAUAAAACUCAAAAUUCUUCUGCAAAACUUGUGGAAGUCUGGUAUCUCUUGGGACGAAACUGUGCCCAGUGACUUUGUUCCGAUAAUUGACAAAUGGGUUGACCAAUGCAAACAAGUACCCCCUGUUAGACUGCCUCGCUUACUUGGUCCACAGCUGUCACCUAGUGAUAUACAACUUCAUGUUUUCUGCGACGCGUCGCAAUACGCAAUGGCUACGUGCAUCUACUUCCGAACUGCUUGUAGCUCUGGCAUACACACUACUUUCUUGAUUGGCAGAACAAAGGUAGCACCACUGAACCAAGAGAGCAUUCCUAAACUGGAAUUACAAGCCGCCCUUAUGGGUGCUCGGCUAUGCGAGUUCGCUACUGAUGAAAUGCUAUUAAAGCCCCACUACACUCACGUUUGGACGGAUAGCACUACUGAAAACUUACUGCGCAAACAGAUGUGUGAAAUACUUACGUUAUGCAAAGCCGAACAAUGGAAACACAUCCCUGGUAGACUCAACACAGCAGACAGUGCUACACGGGGAAUUGAACUUAAAAGCAAAGCUCUGGUUGGAUGCACCACAAUUUCUACUCAUUAA